GCUCGGGCACUCUGGUCCUGUCAAUGCUGGAACCUUGUAGCAGAAGUUCUAAUGGCGGCACCUACCGGAACCGGAAACCAGUGCAGACGAUAGCGGCACAAUAAGCAAUCAUGGCCGUUCGAUCGAUUUUCGACGGUGCUCAUAUCAGAGCUGAGUUUGACAAGGCCGGCAUUAGCCUUCACUUCAUCCCCUUAAUUUGGAAGCAUGUGAUUAAGAACCCUAAUUGUGACUUUGGCGAGAUACCAUCUUUGCCCUCGGCGGCGUACCUUCUGCUUCGGUCCAAGUUCAAAUCUUUCACUUCCAGUAUCGAUUCUGUUUUCGAAUCCAACGACCAGGUCACUACGAAGCUUCUCAUUAAGCUGCAGAAUGGAGAGUUUGUGGAGGCAGUGAUAAUGAGGUACGACACUCGUUUGGGUAAAUACAAUGGAAAACCUCGCCCCGGCGGCCUCCGUUCUACCCUUUGCAUUUCGUCUCAGGUGGGAUGUAAAAUGGGUUGCAAGUUUUGUGCAACUGGGACAAUGGGGUUCAAAAAGAAUCUAACAUCUGGUGAAAUUGUAGAACAAUUGGUUCAUGCUUCUCAAUUUUCGAAAAUUCGCAAUGUCGUUUUCAUGGGGAUGGGAGAGCCAUUGAAUAACUAUGGUGCAGUUGUAGAAGCUAUCCGUGCUAUGAUAGGAUCUCCAUUUCAGCUGUCACCCAAGAGGAUUACUGUAUCAACGGUAGGGAUUAUUCCUGCAAUCAACAAACUUCAGAAUGAUCUACCAGGUCUGAACUUGGCAGUUUCUUUGCAUGCACCCAUUCAAGAUAUCCGCUGCCAAAUAAUGCCAGCAGCUCGAGCCUUUCCUUUGGAGAAACUCAUGGAUGCUCUGCUUUUAUAUCAAAAGAAUAGUCUGCAAAAAAUCUUCAUUGAGUAUAUAAUGCUGGAUGGCAUGAAUGAUGAAGAACAGCAUGCUCACCUGCUUGGGAAAUUAUUGGCGCCAUUUGAAGUUGUAGUGAACUUGAUACCUUUUAACCCAAUUGGUAUCUUGAGUCAAUUCAAGACCAGUGUCGAAAUGAGAGUAGUAAUGUUCCAGAAAAUACUGAGAGGUACUUACAACAUUCGGACAACAGUUCGUAAGCAAAUGGGACAGGAUAUUAGCGGUGCUUGUGGUCAGUUAGUGGUAAACCGUCCCGACAAGAACUCCAUCGGCAAUGCAAAUGCCUUAACAGACAUUGAAGAUCUUCAUCUUUGAUAUGGUAGCCAAUUGAAUUGAAAUGAUAUUCUUUUUUAUGUGGAAGUAUAAGGUUGAUUAUUCUGUUACCUUAAAUUGAAUACGAAUCGGGUAGCCUCUCCUUCAUGUUUUUGGGUGUUCUUACUGGUGCUAAGAAAAUGUUGACAAAAUCUGCCCUUUUCUAUUGUUACUGAUGAAUGCAUCUCAUUUUAUUUUUGGUUGAAUUUAUUGUAUUGAAUGCA